AUGGGCGUGCAAGAUUUCAUCCGCUUCGACCCGGACGACUACCGGGCCAAAGUGCGCAACUACGAUGAUCAAGAGCUGCAGAAAAAGGAGGUCGUCCUGAUCCGGACGGCCUACUCAGGCCAGGCAGGCAUCGUCAGCGGCGCCGUGCUAGCCCCGUCCACGGGGGGAGCGUCGGUGAUCGGCUGCGUCGCCGCCGGCCGCACCAUCCACCUGGUCGAGCAGAAACUUGAGGUCGUGCGCGCCGAGUUGACCCGCCGUGGUCUGCCCCUGCACGAGAAGACGACCCGCGACCACGCCAUCCCCGUCACUACCGGCAGCAUCGCGGGCGCCAUGGGGUUGGGCAUGGGCAUGGAAGGGCACAUGCUGGGAACCGCUGCCGCGGCGGGCGCCAACCUCGUGGCCAUCACCACCGAGAAGCUGGACCGCGUGCAGACCGCUCCGGCAGUGGGUCGCCCAUCGAGUCCUCGAGACGGGAACAGCUUCCAGCGUCUCAAGCGGUCUCUGACCGAGAGUGCCACGUCACGCUCGCGAUCCCUGCUCCGCCCCUUUUCGUCCGACGACGAUAAAGAACUCCUCUUCCGGCAGUACGACGACUUACUCACCCGUAAAAAGUCCUUGGAGGACCGCUACCAGAAGCUCCGCGAAGCGACGCUGGCGGCCGCGGGCGCCAAAUGGUACUGGUACGUCGUCCGCCGCUACCCCUGUGAAUCAGAACGCCUGACCGACAUUGCAACCCCGGCAGGCUUGUGGAUCGACUCCCUUCGUCGUAGGGACAGUCUCGGUCUGUGGGAUAGGUCCAUCCAGCAAAGCCAUCGUCGCUGGGCCAAGGAGGGAUUAGAACGGUUCCGGAAGGAACUCGACGAGACGGAAAGACGGUUGGAUCAGUGGAAUGUCUUGGUAGCCAAGAGUCUACCACCUGGACCGAUUACCGCGCCCGACGCCAGCUGCGAGACGCUGGUGGUGCUGAACCGCGGCAUCACCAUCUGUCUGGCCGCACUGGUGUGCUACUGGAUCUUGAGGCUCCACUGGUUUCGAUUGGCGUAUCGACUGCUUGUCAUUGUGCUCCUGGCGUUUGGUGUCCACGCGCGCAUCUUGUGGGACUACGAAAUGUACCCCUUGUUCCCGGGCGGCGUGGUGAAGAUAUGA